AUGACGGAUUUUGUGUGCGUCUUGGAAGCGAGAGCCAUACACCUCGAUUUCCACAAGGCCACGAAGCGGUGCUCUUUGUCGACUAGUUUUGACGGCUUGUGGACAACCAACUGCCUCCACGCCGGACGAAAACGCCCAACUCUCCAACUUUGCGCGUCUCAACUGAGUUACUCCCUUGACACAUUCAAAUAUAUAACCAUGCCUACCAUCUCAGAGCAGCGCCAGGGCAAGAACGCCUAUAACUCAACAUUUCCUCGUGUUUCGGAUGUGUCAUCGUGGAUCAAGUUUGAGGAGGAGGUAGAGGAGAGCGCGGAUCGAUGGUCAAAGCCCCACGUGGCCAUCCAGCCCCUAAUGUCCGUCUUUGAGGUGCGCAAUUGCCUGGCGAAAGCCGUGAUGCUGCUGGACCUCGAGGCUACGUCUCUUGAACAAGUCGCCGAACGUCGACGUACGUCCCGCAACCUUCGUUGCUGUUCGAAAAAGACGUCAGCUGUUAGUCCUUCGAAGAUCAGCUGUUUACGAUUCGGUGUUGUAGAAAUAAUGCAACGCUUGCACUGCACUCCACCCAUUGGCAUAGUUGAAUCCGCUUCUUUUUUCAUCCGCAUAACGCAGCACGUACCCUUCCUGGUGCCCAGGCUCUGUCGAGAGUUUGCCUGCACUGCAAGCAGUUUUUUUCCCUCGUAUUUCGCUUCAGCAACUGCCUAG